CCUAACACAAUACACACCGAGAGAGACUCUCCGAGUGACGCGGAUAUGUGUUCUGGUCGCGCGAAACACAAUCAUUCGCGUUUUGAACAUGUUUGUGAGCUUUGCGUUCAGCCCAGGAUUUCCACCUGACGUGUGUGCAUCUUUGAGCUUUCGCCGAUCAAAGCCUGAUCUCGGAAAUUUCGCAGUAGAACCGUGGUUUGCUUCCUGCGGUGGACGCGCCGGUCGACAUCAGAAUGUCCGGCAGUUCCGACGACAAGUCGCAAAAAACAGCAGGCGGCACAUCAAACCCCGGGGAAGCCGAUGACCCGGUUCCAAGCACGCCGGAAGGUCCGGCAACGCCUGAUUCCUACCUCAGGAGCCCUGGCCUGGACAGCUCACCACUUGUGAUCUGCGAGCAAGAUGCUUCGACUGCUCCAGACUGCGCUUCGGAAGCACCUCCGGAUGCCGAGUAUGUUUGCAUACCAUCCUCUAACGGCGAAUACCGCCUGCAAGAGAUUCACCCUGGGAUUCCUGGUCAGCAGCAGGACGGAGACGGUAGUUUCGCAGCUUCUGUGGAUACCGCACCUGUUGACUCAGCGGCAGUGGAAGCCAGCACAGCCGACGCCAUCGGCGAAGCGACGACGUCGGUGGGCCAGCGGCGUAAACGUCCAAGAGAUGAGCGCAAGGGCAAGAAGAAACUCAAAAGGCCGAGAGGGGCUCAGGCGCAAGAGCCCUACGAGACGGAACUGGACCGCUUCUUGGAAGACACCGCCGAAAAGAACAAUCUCACCGUGACGAAUGUCAAGAACAUCAUACGGAGGGUGGUGUCAAACAACCGCGUCUUAGCCAUGCUGCAGAACACAAUGCUUUCCCAUGUGGCAGCCGAAGAAUCGGGAGCAGACCUCAGCUCGUUGCCCUAUGAGCCAAAGUUCACGAGGGCCAAGGCGAGGGAGAUCAUGGAGAAGCAGCCGCAUCUCCUGUGGCAAGUCUCACCGAUGAAGCUCUCCACACCUAGUAGCUCACAGCAGCUGCUUCAGCAGGAGUUCCCUGAUGAGAGCAGCUCUGAUGAAGAGUACCACCCUGCAUCUGAAGAGAGUGAAGAUGACAUUACUGAGCCACCCUCAUCAGUGGCAACAAGUGCCCCAUUCUCCCCACCCACCUCAGAUGCAGCAUUGGAGAGCCCAGAAAAGCAGGACCCUAGUGAUUCAGGAGCUGAGAGUGGUAUUGCCGAACGUACCCGCUCAAAGCUUCCACUUCACGACACUCCCCUCGAGUGCAUCGAGGCUCAGUUUAUUGCGCCGGACAUCACCACUGACAUGUAUGACACUGAGUGUGAUGAUGAGGAGUGGAAGGAGUUUCUUGUCUCACUUGUAAAGCCUUUUGAACAAGAAGACACCCAUGAAGAUGAUGUAGAAGAUCCUGAAUACACCAUUCAGGAUGAGGAAGAAGAGAAUGAAGUCGACUCUUGGGAUGUUCGCAAUGACCAGGCCGUCAAGAUACCUCAGAAAGAAGUGAGCGACCUAAUGACUGAGCUCAUGCAAGCAGCCACACGGGAGCUCUUGGACAAUGAAGAGGAGGAAGACGCGCUGUUAGUUCAAGUAAAGCCAUCACCAGCCAAAGGAGGUGCCACUGCCAACACAGCCAGCCUUGCGGAGCAGACGGAGGCAGACAUAUUUCAGGAGGCAACAGAGAGUGUUCAACACGAAAUCCUUGCCCAACCCACACCACGCCAGAUACAGCAGCUCGAAGAACAGAUGAGGAUGCACGUCCAGCUUUUGGCGCAGAUGUGCCUGCUGUGCAGCAACAGUGAACACCUCGCAAAGAAUUUCGAAAUGGCCAGAAAGCUUUUGCGAGAGCUGGGACACUUUGCGACGCGGCAGUUGGAGCCGCCCGGGAGGCAGUCAUUGUUUAUGACUUGCAACCUCCCGCAAGCCAUCCGGAUGGUGGACAACAUUUCCCACCGCCCCACGGGAACACCUGUCAAGAUGACUACCCGCACACUUCGUAGAAACAAAUUGAAGGGCCAAGUGCCAAGCCACAUACGAGACAUACUACUUGAGAGCCCCGUGUUCAUCUAUCCUGACCUGCUGCCUACAAGCCGAAUGUACAGUCAACUGCAUGACCCAUUCAAGAAGGUCAUCUUUUUCCCUUCCGAGGACCACCUGCUUGCCCUGGGACUGGAGCAGUUUGUGCCUCCUCGUUGCUGCUCCUUUUCAAGCGCCUACCUGCGCUUUAUCCGAACGUUCCUCCUUCCCGUGAAAACUGAGGUCCAGAUCAAGGUCCAUGUGAAGAAUAUCAUUUACAAGAAGAUAGGUGAAGAGAAUCCUGUCAAGUACUGGCACAUACACAAGGUUGCCCCACCACUUGAGUGGGAACCACACCCGAUAGAGCUGCGAAGCCUUGUGCCCCCAAGCAAGCGGCCAUUGGAGCAGCUGCCCAUGUGGAUGCAAUUGCACCUUUCUAUGCGUCCCACACGGCGGGUGACGCCUUCGCUUACGGGGUCGCCUGCCCCGCCACCGCCUAUUCGGCCCGCUGGUGGCAUGCCUUCCCCUGCAGCCGUGGUCUGCUCUUCGAGCAGCCUACUGGCCAUUGGAGGCGCUGUUGUGGUAUCGCCAGCAACUGCCUCUGCACCAGCAACGGUCACUGUCGUCUCUCCACCGGCACCUCGGCACACUGUGGUGUCGCCUUUGAAACAGAUCUCGCCAAUCCUGAAGAAAUACAGCCAGUAUGGACGAAAAAUCCUCCUCAAGACACCUGUGAAGAAGCGACUGAGCUAUGACAAAGAGCCCUCGACAUCAGCCUCUGCUCCUCCGGUGCAAACGAGCAGUACUUUGCCCGAAAGGACAUCAUCAGCUGAAGCUGUGUCUCAGCCUGUUGACACCUCAGGGAGAGUUCAACGCGAAGAGGCAUUGCCAGCAGCCGCGUCGGAGGAGGCGGAGGACAACGAAGGAGACUUGGCUGCACUGAUGGCCGCCAGCAGCACAAUCCUCCGUCGCAAACAGGCCCUGAGUCGCAAGCGCUCGCGGCAGCAGAAGGAUGCGGAAGCCACCUUGCCCCUGCUUGUUCCUGGCCUUGUGGACUCUGAUCCCUUGAAAGAGGAGCGGGAGAACCAGUUCACACAGCAAUACCUGAUUCGAGUGCAAGAAGCUCUCAAGGAUGACCAUGCUCGUCACCAGACAUUCCAUCACCUGAUGAAGAGUGCCCAGUCUGACCAGGUGAACCCUGUUGAGCUAUACAAGAGCAUCGAGGAACUUUUCCAUGACCAUCAGGAUUUGGUGGAUGACUUCGUGGGCUUUCUGCUGCCAGAGCAAGCCUUGCAGUGUGGGAAGCUCUUGCAGUACCUCACCUUCAAAAAGAUACACUUGUUCCUUCGGAAACUAGAGGUUCAUUUAGGUCAGCAACCCCAGCAGCUGCAGCGACUGCUGCGCUCCUUGCACCAGCUGCAGCGCCAGUCAGAGUUGACAGUCGAAACCGUCUUUUCUGUUCUUCAACCGCUACUUCGUGGACAGAGCCACCUAAUGGAUGAGCUACAGCAGCUAAUACCAAGCCAGGGCGUCCCCGACAGCCUGAUGGAGGACUUUGAGGAGGUGACUCUGCCCGAAGAGGAAGAGGAGGAAGAAGAGGAGGAGGGAGCAGCAGGCAGCCCAGGCGGCGCCGGCAGCAGUUGUGAGGAGUUGACACUGUCGCCACCUAGGGACACUCCAGGCACGCCACAGUGCCCCUGCACCUGCCACCAGCGCAGCACCGACUCUCGCUUUCUCAGCCGUGCGAGGCACUGUACCCGUUGUGGUAUCAAGUUCCUGGAUGGUCGUGUAUUCCUGCAGACGGGAAAAGUUCUCCGGCCGGCGCGGGUGACCAUUGGCAGACCGCAGUCCCCGGAAACAGACACCGAUACCUCAGAGAGCCGGGCAUCAGAGAAGCAUGCGGAGGCUUCCAAGUCUGCAGUUGGAAAAGAUGGAGACAAAACUAACAGCAGAGAAGGCCAAAAUAUCAUCUGGACAAGGGAAGACGACAAGGUUCUGUUGCAAGCAUGCCAACAGUCGGGCACAGAAAAGGGACUGCAGCGAGCAUCACAAGUCUUGGGCAGACCUCCUGAGCAGGUGACGAGCCGCUUUCAAGAACUGAUUCGUUUGUUUGAGGCAAGCAAGAGUGACGACGAAGCUGACUCAUGACACCGCUAGCAGAGUCUGCACCUGCAAUCAUCAUGUCCUCUUGUACACAUAAUUCCAUCAUCACAUUUUCAUCAAGCUCAUCCCAAGAAUUAGUGAAGAGUUCCCACUUUGGCAAACGGGGACGCUCAUCAUACAUGGACCAUGUCACGGUGUACAUUCUACCAUCAUGUAUAGUAUACCAGCACUUACGAGUCUGUCUAGUCAUUGUUUUUGUUGAUCUGAAAACUGCUUCAUUCUAAACUACCCUAGGCGAAUGUAGCAGAACAUUAGAAGGCAUAAUACCGUAUCCUGAUUGUAAAAUUCCUGGUGUUUUCUGGUGAUGGCUCUUAACAGCAGAUAGCAUGCAAUGUGUACAGUUAAAGCUGUUGGUUGUUGUUGCAGUAAAAGUUGUGUAGCCACACUGUUCAAUUUAUUUAUUUGUGCCUCACUUUUAAGUGCUUACAAACGAAUUCUUGGCUCACAGCAGCAAAUGUGAUGCAUUUCUGUAACCCUCUUGUCAUCUAGCCAUUAUCAUCACAAAAGCUCUUAGACACUAUAAUAUGUGUGCAGGCUCAAUUCCUUUACAGCAAUGAUCUGACAAGAUAGCAUUGUGUCUGCUUAUGAAAACAUUGCAAAUUUUUGUAGUGUUAAAACACAAAGCCUGCUUCUCUGCAAAACAUUCCAUUACUUCUCUAUGCAUCGGAUUUACUUAGCCAUUAUUUUUAAAGCCAAUGAUACACACACAUUGAAUGCUGUGAAUACAGUGUAAUCACACAAUACAGCAGCACAAAAAGCAAGCUUGGGUUAAGUAUUCACAAAGAACCACUGCUUAUAGGUUGAAGUUGAACACAGUGUCAUUAAAAAAGGUAACAUGUAGUUUGCAUGCAGUGUGCUUUUGCUUUCUGAAAAGGAUUGUUUCUGCUGUAAAGAAGCAUUCUUACCAACUGCUGCUCAAUUAAAGCCAAAGGAGCUAAUUCAAAAUGGCACUUGUAGCAUCAA